AUGCAGAUGUAUCUUCCAUUCUGUGGGAUCGCCAUAGCCAAUGCUCAGCUCUUCGCUGCCUCGAGGAAGGAGUAUGAAAGAAGCAGGGCUUUGUUAGAGGUGGUCAACGACCUCUUCGAAGAGCAGACGGACCUGGAAAAGAUCGUCAAGAAAAUAAUGCAUCGGGCCCAAACUCUGUUGAAAUGUGAACGCUGUUCCGUUUUACUUCUAGAAGACAUUGAAUCACCAGUGGUGAAGUUUACCAAAUCCUUUGAACUGAUGUCCCCAAAGUGCAGUGCUGAUGCUGAGAGCAGUUUCAAAGAAAGCAUGGAAAAAUCAUCUUACUCCGACUGGCUGAUUAACAACAGCAUCGCAGAGCUGGUUGCUUCGACAGGCCUUCCAGUGAAUGUCAGCGAUGCCUACCAGGACCCGCGCUUCGACGUCGAGGCUGACCAGAUAUCUGGCUUUCACAUAAGAUCUGUUCUCUGUGUCCCUAUUUGGAACAGCAACCACCAAAUAAUUGGGGUCGCGCAAGUGCUGAACAGACUUGAUGGGAAACCAUUUGAUGAUGCAGACCAGCGGCUUUUUGAGGCUUUUGUCAUCUUUUGUGGCCUUGGUAUCAACAACACAAUUAUGUACGACCAAGUGAAGAAGUCCUGGGCCAAGCAGUCUGUGGCUCUUGAUGUGCUGUCGUACCACGCCACGUGUUCCAAGGCUGAAGUGGACAAGUUUAAGCAAAGACGGCCAGCCGUUUCGGCCAUUGGGCUCUUCCAUGACGAGCUCCACAGAGCCGGCCAUUCAGCGGCCAGGUUCGCAGCACAACUGGAUAUAGGUGCAGCAUGGGAAGGCAAAGACUUUGGCCAUGGUCUCUACUGCACUCCUCGCUUGGCCGAGGCUGCCGAUGGCUGCUCAGCCUUGAGUUUUCCCGGUCUCCCUGCCCCUGGCACUGACCUGCCAUUGUCCCCUUCUUCCCAGACUGCUGGGUUUCAAGAGAUUCUGACCGAGGUGGAAAUUUUAGCUGCGCUUGUGGGAUGCCUGUGUCACGACCUGGACCACAGGGGGACCAACAACGCCUUCCAAGCUAAGAGUGACUCAGCACUGGCCCAGCUCUACGGGACCUCAGCGACCUUAGAGCAUCACCAUUUUAACCAUGCCGUGAUGAUCCUUCAGAGUGAGGGCCACAACAUCUUUGCUAACUUGCCCUCCAAGGAAUACAGUGACCUCAUGCAGCUCCUGAAGCAGUCAAUAUUAGCCACAGACCUCACGCUGUAUUUUGAGAGGAGAACCGAGUUCUUUGAGCUUGUCACUAGAGGAGACUAUGAUUGGAGCAUCAAAAGUCAUCGUGAUGUGUUUCGAUCAAUGUUAAUGACAGCCUGUGACCUUGGAGCCGUGACCAAACCGUGGGAGAUCUCCAGACAGGUGGCUGAACUUGUAACCAGUGAGUUCUUUGAACAAGGAGAUCGGGAGAGGUCAGAACUCAAGCUCACUCCCUCUGCUAUUUUUGACCGGAACCGGAAAGACGAACUGCCUCGGCUGCAAUUGGAGUGGAUUGAUAGCAUCUGCAUGCCGCUGUAUCAGGCCUUGGUGAAGGUCAAUGCAAAACUGAAGCCGAUGCUGGAUUCGGUAGCUGCCAACCGAAGGAAGUGGGAAGAGUUGCACCAAAAAAGACUGCAGGUCUCUGCUGCCUCCCCAGCCCCUGCCAGUCUCAUGGUGGUGGCUGGGGAGGACAGGGUGUGAGCAUCCCAGAGCUGCUGCACAACCCCGUGGCCUGGUGGGUCCUCUGUGCCCAAAGGAUCUGCUUCCGCACAGACAGUCCUGAAGCUUUGACUGAACCAGGAAUCAUACCUGGCUGCAGAGAAACAGAAGGAUGAAAGACAGAGUGGGGCAGAGAACUGACCCUUGCCUUCCCAUGAUGGACCCACGCGCCAUCAGCCCCACUCGAUCCGAGUUGAGGGGACACCAUGGUAAAAGUGUCCCUAUGGCUGCUUCCUGGAUGGUGGUUUUCUGUUAUGAGCACUUCCUUUCUUUGCAGUCUCUCCUGGAGCAGGUUUUUGUCCCAGAUAGUCCCCAGAAUCCAGAUUUGCAUUCUUGAUGGUUUAUUUCUAAUCCUGCU